GCGGCACGGCGCCUCCGGGCUGCGGGAGAGCCUCCGGCCGCGGCGAUGCGCCGGGAUCGCUGCCGGGAUCGCUGCCCCGGAGCGGCGUCUCCCUCCCCGGCGGAGCAGCGCUCGAUUCUUUAUCUUUGUUCAGGAGCCUAAGGUUGUUUGCUGAUCAUAAGAAGAUGAUUCUGUGGCUCUUUCUGGUUCUGUCAUCUCCAGUUUCUUCUACAACUGCAGAUGCUGAUAUAUCUGUGGAAAUUUGCAGUGUUUGCUCCUGUGUGUCAGUUGAGAAUGUACUCUAUGUCAACUGUGAGAAGGUUGCAGUCUACAGACCAAAUCAGCUUAAACCACCAUGGUCUAAUUUUUACCACCUCAACUUUCAAAACAACCUGCUAAUUAUUCUAUAUCCAAAUUCCUUUCUUAAUUUUACACAUGCAGUGUCCUUGCAGCUGGGUAAUAAUAAGUUGCAGAACAUUGAGGGAGGGGCCUUUAUGGGUCUUAGUGCAUUAAAACAGUUGCACUUGAACAACAACGAAUUAAAGAUUCUCCGGGCUGACACUUUCCUUGGCAUAGAGAACUUGGAGUAUCUCCAAGCUGACUACAAUUUAAUCAAGUUUAUUGAACGGGGAGCCUUCAAUAAGCUUCACAAGCUGAAAGUCCUGAUACUUAAUGACAAUCUGAUUUCAUUCCUUCCCGAUAAUAUUUUUCGAUUUGCUUCUCUAACCCAUCUGGAUAUACGGGGGAAUCGAAUACAGAAGCUGCCAUACAUUGGAGUUCUGGAACACAUCGGGCGAAUUGUUGAACUGCAGCUGGAAGACAACCCCUGGAAUUGUACUUGUGAUUUGUUGCCUUUGAAAGCGUGGCUGGAGAACAUGCCCUACAACAUCUACAUUGGAGAGGCUAUCUGUGAAACACCCAGUGACUUGUACGGAAGGCUGCUGAAAGAGACCAAUAAGCAGGAGCUGUGCUCCAUGGGGACAGGGAGCGAUUUUGACGUGCGCAUCCUGCCUCCCUCGCAGCUGGAGCCUGGCUACAGCACGCCCAACGGCCACACCACUCAAACAUCAGUGCACAGAUUAGUCACAAAGGCACCAAAGACUACAAAUCCUUCCAAGAUCUCGGGGAUAGUAGCAGGCAAAGCUCUGUCCAGUCGCAAUCUCAGUCAGAUCGUAUCUUACCAGACCAGGGUGCCUCCUUUAACUCCUUGUCCUCUCCCUUGUGUUUGCAAAACUCACCCUUCAGACUUGGGAUUAAGCGUAAAUUGCCAAGAAAGAAAUAUAGAAUCGAUGGCUGAACUUGUACCCAAACCUUUAAAUGCCAAGAAACUGCAUGUAAAUGGCAAUUAUAUUAAGGAUGUGGAUACUACAGAUUUCGCUGAGUUUGAGGGGCUGGAUUUGCUACAUUUAGGCAGCAAUCGGAUUUCAGUGAUCAAAGGAGAUGUUUUCCGCAACCUUACAAAUUUACGGAGAUUGUACCUCAAUGGCAAUCAGAUAGAGCGUCUGAGCCCAGAGAUGUUUGCUGGCCUCCACAAUUUGCAAUAUCUGUAUUUGGAAUACAAUGUUAUCAAAGAAAUCCUAGCAGGCACCUUUGACUUAAUGCCAAACUUGCAGUUGCUCUACCUGAACAACAAUCUUCUGCGAAGUUUGCCAGCCUAUAUUUUUGCUGGUGCACCACUUGCUAGACUGAAUCUGAGGAACAAUCACUUCAUGUAUUUACCUGUAAGUGGUGUUCUUGAUCAGCUAAAGUCUCUUACACAAAUAGAUUUGGAAGGUAAUCCGUGGGACUGCACUUGUGAUUUAGUUGCUUUAAAGCUCUGGCUUGAGAAGCUAAAUGACGGUAUUGUGGUGAAGGAAUUGAAAUGUGAGACACCUGUGCAGUUUGCUAACAUAGAACUUAAGUCUCUGAAAAAUGAGAUUCUCUGUCCUAAGCUUUUAAACAAGCCAUCUGCUCUGUUCACUAGUCCCAUGCCUGCUGUUAUUUUUACAACACCCCCGGGACCAGUCCGGAGUCCUCCUGGUGGCCCAGUUCCAUUGUCCAUCCUAAUCCUGAGCAUAUUGGUUGUGCUGAUUUUAACGGUGUUUGUUGCCUUUUGUCUUCUCGUUUUUGUGCUUCGGCGCAACAAAAAACCAACCAUAAAGCAUGAAGGGAUUGGAAACCAAGAGUGCAGUUCUAUGCAACUGCAGCUAAGAAAGCACGAUCACAAGUCAAACAAAAAAGAUGGACUGGGUGCAGAGGCCUUCAUUCCUCAGACCAUUGAGCAGAUGAGCAAAACUCAUACCUGUGGCUUGAAAGAGUCUGAAACAGGCUUCACGUUUGCUGACCCACCAGGGCAAAAAGUCAUUCUGAGAAAUAUGAAUGACAAGGAGAAAGAUUUGUUGCAUGUGGAUUCCAGAAAAAGACUUAGCACAAUCGAUGAACUGGAUGAGUUAUUCCCUGGAAGGGAUUCCAAUGUAUUUAUUCAAAAUUUUCUUGAAAGUAAAAAGGAGUACAACAGCAUAGGGGUCAGUGGCUUUGAAAUACGUUACCCAGAGAAACUGCAAGACAAAAAAGCCAAGAAAUCUCUAAUAGGUGGUAAUCAUAGUAAAAUUGUAGUAGAACAAAGAAAAAGUGAAUAUUUUGAACUAAAAGCUAAACUUCAAGGUUCACCUGACUACCUACAAGUCCUUGAAGAACAAACAGCUUUGAAUAAAAUAUAGGUCAUACAAUCUUAUUGCCUACAGAGGACAUUUAUUUAAUGAUGAAAGUGCCUUUUGUUGACUUUUAACUUCCAAAUACUAUAUUAUAUUGAUAGGCAUAGAGGCAGGUGUAUCCAAGGGUGUCUGAUUAACUGUAGCUGUGUAUGAUUUGUCAAGUAGAGGAGAAUUUCCUUAGUAGAUUUUACUCCAUAAAGCUCAUGCCCUGUGGAAUCCUGUAGGGAUACUGCAAACUCUAUUGCCAAAGGGAUGCUUUAUACACGUUACACUGAAUUUAACCUCAAGAGGCAUAUAUGUUUUGUAUCUCAAAUGCAAACCAUCGUCUCCUUGUGAUUUGUUAGAACAAACACAAGAAACCUGGUACUGAUAUUUGUACUUCAGCUGGGUCCUUCAUCCUGCACGUGGAUUUAAGUUGGUGGAACUGGAGUAAUCCUUUGAUUUGUGGUGUUCUAAUGGCACUGUUUAAAGCUUACCUGGAAAGUAACAAGCAUGCAAAGAGAGAACAUUCAAUAGUAUGUGUAAAUUGGUUACAUUUAUGGGCUGCAUCUUGAAACCACUGGAAUUAUAAUGAUAAAUUGUGUUUAAAAUAUACCAUGCAUUGCAUACCUAUGAAAUAAAUCUGACCACUUGAAGCAUACAUGUCUAUACAGAAAAUUAAAAAAAAAAAAGAAAAGAAAGAAAAUAGUUCAACCUGACUUCUGCAGUAUUCGUGACAUCUGAAGAAAAUAUUUGAUAUUUAUGCAGAAUCUGUUCUAAGACUCAUCUCCAAUUAAAACUAGAGUUCCUUCUCAGUUACGUGAAACUCUUGCAACCCCAACAGGUUGUCCAAAAUUGUCAAAGUGCUUACUGUGUGAGCGUAGCAGAAAUUAUUUUUGUAAUAUAAUUCAUAUUUAUGAAAUACUUUGUAUACUACAUAGGAAAAAAAAUAUGUACUCCUUAAUAUGUAUUUAAUAUGCCUGACUUGUUUUCCUGAUCACAAUGCAUUAAUCAUUCAGUAUAAAUAAAACCAGAACAAUAUACCAAACAGCAACGGGGGAUGUAAUGUAUAGCAUCAUCCAGAAUUAAGUGAUCAGAUAAUAAUGAUGAUAAUAAUAAUAAUAAUGAUAAUAAUAAUAAAAUUGUUCUGUACUAUUCUCGUGAGAUUAGCAUAUUACCUUAUUUCAGAUCUGUUACCAAUGGUGCAUUUUGAAAUAGAUUGAUUACUUUUUUAGUAUUGUGUCCCAGGCUGUUACUUGCCAUCAAUUUUCUUGCUUUUCAGGUCUCUACAGCUUAAUCUGAAUACUUUUCACAAGCAUUUACAGGAAUUCAUGCUAAGGGGAAUAUUUUUAUUGCACAUGCAGAAAUGUUCUGUUCUUAUCUCUCUGGCUGCUUUUAGUCAGCAAAAUGUGAUCAAAGCAGUGAACAAUAUGGGAAAUCCUGUUCAAAACCACAGUGCAAAAUGGAUAUAGUGGUCUCAGUUCAGAGGACUGUGUAGCUCACAACUAGAGAGUAAAAGCUUGGCUUUGUGAAGGCUGAAUCUGAAUAGCCAGGAAAAAAGGUAGGAGAUUGGAAAAUCCCCAUUGUAUCUCACUGAUAGAUGGUACUUUGACAUGAGAAUGGAGAUAUAUUGGUAAAGCAUCCUAGAAAAAAGGUAGGAGAAUGGAAAAUCCCCAUUGUAUCUCACUGAUAGAUGAUACUUUGACAUGAGAAUGGUGAUACAUUGGUAAAGCAUCCUAGAGCAAAUCUAUGAGAUGAGAUUAACAAAAUGUCUUUGACUCGAUGAGCUUUGGAUAAGACCCUCUUAUCUCCUUUGCUUUCAGAACCUUUACCCCUCCUUACCUUUUAUAAUCAAUACAUUAGUCAAUUAAGAUAGUAGGAUAUAAACAUGAACGUUUUUCAUGAAUUUGAAGCUAGCAAAAAUUAGAGCAAGACUCAAUAAUAAUACUGUGAAGAAGGCUGUGUCAGCUAUUUCCAAUAUAAACCUCUAAUUUCAGGGCUUUGUGACACUGAGUUGAAAUUUUUAUUCUGGAAUGAUACUUGGCAAACAGCCUGCAGUAUAUUUUUAUCAAAAUAGACCAAAAGAAAAAAAAAAAAGAGCACUGCUUCUUUAUUUAAAGGAAAGCAAACAAAACAUUUCUCUACUUUCAGACAUUUGUUUAUGCUCUUUUGGCUUAGAAAGAGACUGGUUUUAUUAUUUUUCUCCAUAAUGCAUAGUAUAUACAUGACUUCAGAUAAUAAAAUUGCGAGAGAUGAAUUAAUGGCUGAGUUUCUUUAAAAAGCUGCCUCUAUCCAUGCACAAUAAUUAACUUGAUUCAGAAUGUCAUGGGGAUUUUGAGGACAUGGAUACUGCGUACACAUGCAGCUCUGGCAUAAAAAGCUCCUGGUUGGCCAAUGAUGCAAUAAUGCAUGGCUAAGGUUUGCAUGGGAACGUGUGAGUUUAUUGAUUGUCUGUGGAUUAAGGGGUGUCCAUGGUGCACUGACCACGUGGACUCUGCUGGCUCCUUCAGUAGGCUGAGGGUGACAGGUCCUGGUCCGCUCUGCACAGAGCUCUGUGGCCUCGAGGAUGGGUCCAAGUUCACUGAAGUUUGCCAAAGCAGAAGGUGUCUGACACACUGGCAUGUCCUGUAUGAUCCUCCUGAGAGCAAUGUGCUGAAAAUAUUAAAAAUUGCAAGUAAGGAAUUACUUCUAAGUGAUGGUAAAACUGAUGUGCUUGUGACUUUUGCUGCCCUGAGCCAGAAGAACAGAGAUAAAUGAUCAUACCUUCUUAAGCUUUUGUUUCAUUUUGUGUUGUGAGGUUUUCUGGGGGUGUUCUUUCUGUUUUUUUUUUUUUGUUUUUUUUUUUUUGGUUUGGUUUGGGUUUUUUAAUUUGUUUGAGUGUUUUUUUGGUUUUUGGAGUGGUGUCUUCUGUUUGCUGAUCAAAAGAACUGAUCCGUUAUGCUGUACCAUUACACUGGGUCAGAGUUUUCUGACUCCUGAGGCCCCAAUUCCAGUAAAGCAUUUCACCUCAACCUAAGUCAUGUGCAGAGGUACUAUUCAUGAGAUAAUAAUUAGAUACCUGCCCAAGAGUGGGGCUUAGCUAGAGUUUUGUCAUUGACUUCAGAACAAGCCAGCUCAGAACCAUUGUAUAUAAUCCAUAGAGCCCAGAGACUCGUCUGGGGUUAUGCAGUUGAGUGUAGGUUCACCAGCAUCAGUAAAGGUUGCACAAUCUGGACCUUCCUGUAGAAAUUGUCCCUAAGUGUUUUACAAUGUAUGGUGCAAUAUGUAGGCAUAAUAGUGUGAGUGGAGAAUGCAGAAGCUGGCAAAACACUAUUUUUCUGUGAAAUUGUUACUUUGAAUGGCAACCUUAGUGUCAGUUUACUUUCUCCACGUUUGGAAACGGUGUAUGUGUCUGCACAGCAGUUUUAGUGUGAUGUCCAUUCAAAUCUCUGGUCAGUCUUUCUGAGAAGGUGACUCUUGGGUGUGGCUUAACGGGUCUGUCUGUUCAUUAUAUUGGUUUGAGUGGCCAUGCUUGUAAAAUGGCUGGUAAGACCCAUAGGCAUAAACUAAAUCAGUGAAGGUGUUGGCAUAAUCUGUUGUCUCCAUUGUAUUAUAAAGAAGUUUCCAUUUUUAAAUGAACUCAAUAAAGUGUACUCGUUUCCUUGAAAAAGAAAAACAAUUGUGCAAUUUUAUCAGACAGCAAAUACCGCGGUGCAAGAACACAAGAACAGGUGAUUUAUGUUUUGCAUUUAGUGUUCAAGAUUGACAAUAAUGCAACAAUCUAGUAUAAAUAUAUUUUUAAAUGCUUUUUUUUUAAAGCCAUAAUGAUGAUAUAAAUUAUAAAGGCAUGGCCUUGUGAAUAAUGUUAACAAAUGUCUCAGAAUCAAGAAAAAACAUCCAGAACUUGAUGGUGGUAUAAUAUCUAUAAUAUCUUUUGCAUGAUUUGUAUGUUGAUAUUGUAUGAAAUGAGCACAGUGAGACUUUUUUUUUUGGUUGCAUCCAAAGAGUUAGGAAGGAAAUAUAACAAGAAUGUAUUUAUAAUCACUCUAUUUUGAAAUAAAGUAAAGAAAAUAAAAUGUAUUGGCUUUA